CUGAAAGAAACAACUCAAAGAAUGGAGACAACUAUUCGAGAAAAAUCAGACAAGAUUUCGCAGUUGCAGAGUGAGAUAGACUUUAUUGAAUCGGCAAGUUCAGUGAAGCGAAAGGGCAAAGCGGAAGAACAGGUCUAUCAACUUGAGAAGCAGAUUUUCAAACUGAAUCGGGAAGCAGAUGCGCAAAACAAGAGAAGGGUCGAACUGGAAACCCGGACCGAGGUGACAGAGAAAAGAGUUGUGGAACUUGGCUCGAACCUUGAAAAUCUUCUAAAGGUGAAUGUAGAACAGAAGCAAAGAACCGAGUUCUCCCUCAAGUCUUUUGCUGCUUCAUCAUAUAAGAAGUUCACCGAGGUGAAUUGGGGGAAGCUGUGGUAUAACCUUCAUUUUCAUUUGCGUCAAGCUCGGGUAUAUGUGAUGACCCGUUGGUCUGAGUAUCUCCGCCCGACUCUGUCUUCCAGAGCUCAAAAGGCGGCUGAGAUGAUGGAUGAAGUAAGAGGGUGGUCUGAGCCGCACAUCCAAACCCUCAACGAUAAAUGGAUACCAAACAUCAAAGAUAUGUUGUCAACGCGUGCCAUUUAUCUUGCUCGAUCGCUCACCCAGAACUCCAUCAAGGUAUAUCGUAUGUGUAAGCAGGCUUUGGCACGAUAUCUCGUCCAAGCAUUGGAUACGAUGUACAACUACGUUCAGGAGGAACAAGGGAAGGAAGAAAGUAGCCACGGUGGAAGAAGCUAUGGAGCAUCAGAAGGAAGAGAAGAGAGCAGAAGGAAAGAAGACUGACACAGGGGGAGCAAGGAGGCUUAGGGUAUCGAAUGUUUUAUUUUGGAGUGUGUGGGAAGAAAGAGACUCUGAAAGAAAUCUGGGUAUUUGUAUUUCCUUUUGGUUCUUUUGGAAUACAAAUCGGCAUUA